CGUAAGUGAUCACAUCAUUGGUUUGAUUCGCGGUCUGAUUGAAAUCGGUACCGGGUCAGGUGUGUUCGAAAAAUAUUCAUGGGUGGACAGGAAGUGAAUAGUCGGGGAGAGUUUUCGCGACGAGAGCCAUCUUGACGAGCAUCGGCUUGCUCGUGAUAGACGGAGGACGAGUCUGCGGCGGCGACCACGGCGACGGCGGCAAUGGCAUCGUUUCUAAAUGUUUCUCUCGAUUCUGCACCGCCGUGUUCUCUGCAGUCCGAAUAGCCAGUUUUAUCAGUAACGGUCUUUCACGGGCGAGCCGGCUACCGUUUCAAGAACGAAUUAUCUAAAGCAACAUUGUGGAUAGAGACUAGAAUACUGUGUUGAGCAAAAUGGAGGGAGGAGAUGGCCCUUCGGCCAUCAGUAGUAAUCCUACUGCUAUUAAAGCUGCACAAGAAGAAAUGGGAAGGCUAGAUGUUCUCGUAUGUGGACAGUGCCAUUCAGUUUUUCACUUUAUUGAGGAAUUUCAAGAGCAUCGUACGAAAGAAGGCGCUUGUACUCAAGUAUCACAUUUCCGUGAAAAUAGCAAUAACGAACAGAAAGCACAAGUGUGGGCCUUUCUGCUUUGGAAAGAUUCACAGAUUCAGCAAGAAGGUUCGGAUAGAGACUCUACAAAUUCGUGGAAACUCUAUCAAAAAUGGUGCAAAAUGGAUACGCACAUUAGGGACUCCUGGAUCGCGGCUGGGAAAACUAUUCAAACUUUUACGAAAAUUAGUAACGCGAAAAUGCAGGAUGUACCUAGGCAAAAUCAAAUAACCAAUGCAGAAGGUAAACCCGUGCUUGUCCGUAAGGUUAUUAGGAAUGGACAACCAGAAGAAGGGGACAAGAAAGACGCCAAAGGUUCGGAAGCAAAGAAUCAAAAAAGCGAGUCCUUUAAUGCCGAAGGGGAAAAGAAGGAGAAACCAAAGUUGAAACCUUCCAUAAAACCUAAGGGCAAAUCCAGUAAAGCUGGCGAUGAAGAUAAGGACACAACUGACGAGGAAUACACAGUGGAAAAGAUCUUAGCGAAACGUUUUAAUCCAAAAAAGAGGUGUUCAGAAUAUUUACUAAAAUGGGAAGGAUAUACCCACGAGCAUAAUACGUGGGAACCUGCUGAGCAUGUGGCGACGUGUAAACAUUUAUUGGAAGAGUUCGAAAGAAAUCUUGCAAAGCAAAAAGAGUUGAAGGCCGCUCAACAACAAGCCAAUGCAAAGGCAGCUGGGCGGGGUGGUCAUCUUGCUCAGAAAACAGUGAUAAAGGCGGAGGCGAAACCUGGACCAAGUACUGCGGCUCAAGUAGGGAGACCAAUGCGUUCAAGCAAAUCAAAGGCGAUGGAUCAAGUAAAACAGUGGUGCGGUUCGAUGAAAGAUGAAGAUAACGAUUUGUUGGGGAAGAGGAGAAUGGAUUAUUCUGAGAGCGAUUCCGAGGAUGGUGGCAGCAGUGCUGCGAAACGAGCGAAAGCUGAUACAGGUAGCGAUGAAGAUUGGACCGGAGAGUCCGAGGAGGAGAGAAUGUUGGGUCGGAGUGACGUGAUUCAGCGUGCGUUUAACCGUGCUAAUGCUCAAUCGAACGGUUCUAAUCGAGCGAGCGGUUCGUCGACAGAUCUUGCGACUUCAUUGGGACUUCAGUCUCCCGAAGGAGCAAAAUCGAGCCAACCGCCGGUAUUGGUCGCGAACGCGAAAGGAGUCGUUAAAGUAGACCCGAAGCAAAUGCCAAACUUGACGUCCGGUGUUUACGUAAUGUCACGGAAAGAUGGGAUCAUCAAGCUGGACUCGUCUCCUAGCGGGAAGUUGGCUGUAAAAGGUUCACCGACCACGCAAGGUGUUUUAAUGGUUCAGAAUCGGGAUAACGCUAACGUAGUGAGAAAGCAAGUAAUAUCAGCCUCGCAGUCGAAUUCGGUAACGCCGGUUAAAGUGGUAUCGAAAAUGGAUGGAAGUCAAGUAGUAACCCAGAUGAAAGUAGUUUCUAAGCCGGUUACGAAUAAAACGGGAGGUACGCCGAAAACAGAGCCUAUAAAGAUCCAGCCGAAACCAGAUCCGACACAGUUACCGCAGAUACAUGUCGUGACCGCGGUGCCGGCUCCCAUAAAUUUGCAGCCAAGAAUAAGUACAGGAAUACGUCCUGGACCUGUUACAGGCCAACGUAAUGCGGAUGGUCGACCAUUGUUACCGAGACCCCCGCUCCGUGCGACGACACCGACUAGCGUGCUCGGAAUCGGAUCGACGAUUCGUACGCCUGUCCGGGCGCCAGCCCCGAGGCAAGUUCAGGCCCAGCAAACACGUCAGGUGCUACAGAAACGUACGACGACCGUGACCACGCAAAGUAACUCGGUGAGUCCCGUCUCUGUCACGCAGAUACGACCGAAGUUCACCGUGCUCAGUUCACAGCCGAAGCAAGUGGUAAAGUCCGGAACAAGUCCGGUGCAGCAACAGGCGAAACAGUCGCCGAAAACACCAGUCGGUAAGCCACAGUCAUUAUUGUCUCCGCAGCAAAAAUUAUUAAUGGCGAAACGGAAAGCUCAAGAAGCGGCGGGUAUCAUUAAACCAGGUGGCCGCGGCCUCUUGGCGGGUGCACGUACCAGUAUCGGUCGAGGUAGAGGGAAGUUGGCCGAGAGCCCGACCAGCGCGGCGCCCGGGGGCAAGCCGAAGGAAAGUAAAUUGGCGGAGGGGGACGGUCUUCACAUGGAGUUUCACGAGGUCGGCUCCGAGGAGAGUAGUAGCGACGGUGAACCGGAGCUACCGCCGCCGCCGGAGACGGAUAACAUUGCCACAGCGGAGCCGGACAGUCCACCGCGGCCGUUCACUUUGUGCCCGUUAACGGGACGUAUCAUCGGGCCGGAUGGAGAACCCGUUGAACAGCCGGCCGAACCGGAACCUGAGCCCGAGCAACCGACGACACCGUUGACCACCGUCAAAACACCCACCACUACGUCAGAGAGUAUAGACGUCGCGGCUACAACAUCCACCACGGAAUUGGUUCUACCUUCCCUUGAUUCCCUCACAGAUGGCAGCGGCAUAAUGAGAGUCGAGAUGAGUCCCGGGGGAACAACAGGCACCAUCGUUCAGACCAGCGAACCGGCACAAAUGAACUUGUCGAACGUCAACGUUCCUGCCCCGGAUCUUCCUUGCUUGGAUGACACCGCUCCUCCAGCCGUGCCGGUCCCAGCCACGACCGCAUCAGCACCGUUGCCUGAGGCGACACCAACCACCGAAACAGCAAUCACGGCCGGACUGUCUACAGCCACGGUCACCUCCACCAGCACGAUCGCUAUCGCUUCCGCUGACGUGACCAAGCCCGAGGAGAAAGUACCCGCCGAGGAAAGGAAGGUAGCAGAGGACACGUCGAACUUAGUAACGAUAACUGGCGAGGACGGUGUCGUUUACCAAGUCGCCGGACAAGCCGAGGACGGCCAGACAUUACUGGUGACGCGUGACGCCGACGGCGAGCAACAGUGCGUGUACGUUACCACGGAACAGCAGGGUGACGAUGGUUCCGUGCUGACGUUGGACCAUGCUGUCGCGGAGGCUGUUGCUCAGCUGAUACCCGAUCAGGUGAAUCUGGCCUCGCAGUUCUAUGUGAAGGAGGGCGGGACCGAACCGGCCGAGAACCCGAUGGUGAUGUCUAUCAUGGAUAACACAAGCACCGCGGACGUGGCCGAGGGACAGGAGGACGGUGAUGGUAACGGACAAGUGGUGGCUCAAGUUGUACAAGCAGAAGAACCUACUCCAGGAGGCACCAGAAGAGUAGUGUUACUCUUACCCGAUGGAAACUUAAUGAUGACAGAAGUGACGGAAGAACAGUACGCUGCGCUGGGGCUGGGCAAGUGAAGAGAACACUUAAAAAACAAAAAAGAAGCAACUGACACACGCGGUUUGAAAAACAAACGAUCAUGCAUCGAAUAUAAUAAUUUACAUGGAAGUUGUACGCUUUAAGGGUGACCGUGGGUUGUAUAUAUGUAAGAACGUUCACUUCGUACAAUUGCAAUGAAUGAAAUUAUGUAUUGACGAUUUUCCAGCUAACAAAAGCAAGAGGCAAAAUGUGAAAAGUAAAAACAUAUAUAUAGCUGGUGUGUUGUAAAAACAAUUUAACAAAAAAAAAUACAAAAACUGAGAAAAGCAAGAGGAAACGCAAAAUAACAGAAAUCUAGAAUUUAGAUUACGAUUACAAACAAACAAAACAAAAGAAAGAGAGGAUGACUAUGUUUUAGAAAUUCGUGUCUCAGUGUAAAAGGGAACCGCUGAAAUUUUAAUUUUUAUCGUUUAAUUUAUGAUAAUACGCGAGGAUCGCUGGUGUUUUGCCUAGGGUUUGAAGCGGGGUGAAGAAAACGAUAUCAUAUUACAGAUAAUAUAAAAAAAAACACACAUACACACAAAAACGUGCGACGACACCGUUAUACACACAAGUUUGAAGUAAGCAUUGUAUUUGUAGGAUUAGUGAAGUAUAAUCUGGGGUUUUAUAUUUUCCAAACGAUGAAUAGGCUUUUUAAUUAAGAACUUUAUUCCCCGCAUACAAAGUCCAAGCUUAUUAUCGUCAUCGCAGCAUAGAGAACUCGCUGGACAAGCUAUUAGGAUAGUCGAACGAGAGAUAAAUUUGGCGCUUAAUGGAUUAAUAAACCAGAUGUAAAUAUACCAUGUAAUUGACUAUUUAAAAAAAAUAGAUUUUUUCAUGGAAAGCUUGAACCUAGUUUGACUCUGUGCUGAACCAUUUCUUCACUGGGAAAAUCGAUAACGGAAACUGUCGCGUUUCUUAUUAUUAUUAUUUUUUUCCCGUUAUAUCCGAAAUUACAAUGAUUUCGCGGCAGGCAAAAAAUGAUGGUGUCCGCGGGUGUGGAAUUUGAAAAACUCUUCAGACUUGUUGAAUCGUUCUUCGCGGCUAAGCAGCAACGGACACAGAGGAACACCCUGUUUCGCGUUUUCCACGGACUGUGUAUGCUUACCUGUAGAUUUAACUAAGCGCACUCUUAUCAAAGAUCACACAUAAUUUUCCGAAUCUAUAAGGCUUUAAGGAAUGACGAGGGAGAACUAAGGCAAAAAUACAGUGUUGUUUAAUGGAACAUAACGCGCGUCUCAUUAUUAAGCCCAUUCCUUUUCAGCUUAACCGUGCACUGAAUUACACGGAAAAAAAAGAAACAAUAAAUAAGUAAAUGUAAACAAAUAAGAUUAAUCGCUUUUGCGCUGUAUGCUUCUAUCAAACAAAAUGUAUUGAUAUAUAUACAUAUAUUUUUUUUUGUUCAUUUCUGUAUGUUAAUGGAAAUCUGCGAACGAUGGAAAAUCGUUAUUCAGGGGGGAGGGGGUAUGUUAAACGACGAAAAGACUCGAGAUUCGAUCAGAGGAUGUAUGUUUCCGAAAAAACGCAUAAGGAACAAUGAUUUUUUUCGCAUUGUUUAUAUAUCCUUAGAUUGUACAUACCGAAAGCGUAAAUCUGUAAUGUCGUAUACGUGAAACAAUACAUAUGAUGUCUAUAUGCGUGUUAAAAAAAACAAGAA